AUGGCCUGGUUCAAGCUCCCCCAGUUCCGUGACUUCGUCGGCGAGCCGGUGCCCACCAAGAAGUACAAGAACCUAGUGAAGAUUCUGCAGCGCCUGAACCGGAUUGACCCGGCCCUCGUCCCCGACGAGGUGCGCGAGACGCUGAAGAGCUUCCUCCGUCCCGGUAACCCGUACGGAAACAAGCCGGCGCCGGCGACGGUGGACGAAAUGGGCCGGGCCCGUGGAAAGGGAAAGCGCAAGACUUCGUCCGCUGUGGUUCAUCUUGUCGAGGGAGAGGGAGAGGUGAUGAUCAACGGAAAGACCCUGGCGGAGGCGUUCCCUCGGCUGCAUGACCGGGAGAGUGCGACCUGGCCGCUGCGGUGUACCUCCCGGCUGGACAAGUACAAUGUGUGGGCGAACGUCCGCGGUGGAGGUGUGACUGGACAGGCUGAGGCGGUGACUUUGGCGCUGGCGCGAGCAUUGUUGGUUCACGAGCCUGCAUUGAAGCCGGUGCUGCGGAAAGCUGGUGUUAUCACGGUGGAUGCCCGUCGCGUGGAGAGAAAGAAACCCGGCCAUGUCAAGGCGCGCAAGAUGCCCACCUGGGUCAAACGGUGA